AAAUUCAAGAGAGUGCAUGUGGAUGAGGAUACAAUAGAUCCCGUCGCAGAAGGCGUGAAUGAGCGGCCAAUCAUUCGAGAUUAUCCCAGACGUCGUCGGCGCGGAGACAGGACUCCCGAAGAGCCUGGAUUGAAAAGCCUUUUUACUGGAUUUUUCAGCAGGAUUGGACACGGUUUAUUCUAGAGUACAGCUCACAAUCAGCAUUGCUCUUCAUCACGUCAUCGAUAUAAGGUUCGCGACCCUGCAUGAAGCGGCGGGACGCACAGCUGACCGUCGUCCUCUCCAACAAACAUCAUCGUCGAGCAAACAGCACGAUGCUGUGCGAUUAAGACGGUUGAGAUUGCAAUGAUCCAUCGAGAUACAGAAGAUCUGCGAACUAUGACGCAACCCCUGCUAAGUACGGAGCAGCUGGUCGAGAUUCGUGCUCGUCAACGGACGUUCGAAAACGCUUAUGUCCGUACGGCGCUAGGAGAGUUCUCUUUCGCUCUUGUGAUUCUUCGCAUUUUCUCAAAGGAGUUCUAUACAAUAGGUGCUUUAUAUACCUUCUCAGGGUUCAUCGUUCUAACUGCAGCCCUGUUUCGGCGAGGACGAAGUAAUAGGGAAUUCUUCGGGCCAGAGCAAGCAAAGCACUUUCGCACGAGCGGUGAUGUUGUUCUCAUGCUUAGUGCGCUUUACGGAUGCUUGUACAUAGCGCUUUUCGUCCUGAUCUUGAGACUGUAGAAUGUCACUUGUGGACAGUUAGUGUUAGUGUUCUCUCUCGCAAGGCACUCCCUUUACAUGCACAGAACACGAUACCAGGUUUGGGCAUGCAUCAGUACAGCUUUACUUACCUUUGUAAUAUGUGUUUUGGACUAGCAUACAU